GUUGACUGGUGGAGAGCGGCUGGUAAAACAGGUUCUCUGCAGGGAGUUGUCUCCGAAACCCUGGGAGACCUGGAUGGAUCGAGCCCUGAGCGUGGGUCUCUGCUCGAACCCUGGCAUAGCAGGCAGCAAGCAGUGAUUUGCUUUUGUGUGGCACUCCUGGGCAGGGCGUCUUUUGCACCGCGCCGCUAGUAGAAAAAUUACAGCCUUGCCUCUGUCAAGGUAGAUAAGAAACCAUGUGAUGCAGCGUGGUGGUAAACGGGUUGCAGGCAGGGUAAAGGUGCACAGGGAAAUAACCUUGCAGGGAGUUCCUCCCUCCGCGGGGAGCAGAGUUCGGGCAGCGCAGAUCCCCGCAGGUCUGACAGCACCUUGGCCUUGAUGUCUGCACAAGUUUUAGGGGCUCUCUGAAUCUCACGGGAAGCAGGAAUGUCUUUUAGCAGAAGGAACUGGUCCGAUCUCUCCAGCUUGGCCAGGCAGAGGACCCUUGAGGAUGAAGAAGAGCAGCAAAGAGAGCGCCGGCGAAGGCACCGGAACAUGCUGUCCUCCACAUUGUCGGAUGAAGAACCUCCUAGCCCUGUGAAAGACACCAGUCCAGCUUCCAGCAGACCUCAAUCCCUGGUGAAGCCAGUGUCUCCGGAGGAUGAGGAAGAGCAUAAGCUCUCGGAGGUGCUGAAGACACAAGAAGGGAGACGGACAAAGUCCCUGAUGACUGUCUCUGAAAAGCUGAGGCAGGAGAAGGAGCAGCAGGAGCCAGGGUUGGGAGUGAGCUGUGCAGAGGCAGGGACACAGCUGCGCGUGGGGCAGGAGAGCAUCAAGGCUGGAGAGCGGGGUCAGGAUGCGGCCAAGGACAGAGGGGACUUGCCAGGAGACCAGCACCUGGAGCCAGCCUCGGAGAGGAAGGUGGUGAUGAGGGGACGGCUCCAGGACAAGGAGAGGCAAGGUGUGGGGACUCCUCAGGGAGAGCAGAGGAAGGAGGUGGGGGAGCUGCCGCAGCAGGCAUCGCUGGAGCUGGGGCGCUGCCGGCUCCGCGAAGUGAAGAUCCUUACCAGACAGGGAAGCCGCAGCACAGAGAAGACAGCCUCGGUGGUGACCUCAUCUCUGGACCAGCAGCAACCAUCCAGGAAUCCCUCAAAGCAGGUAAUACAGCUGUCUCCCACCCAAGAUGAACCUGCAGAAAAGUCAGAUACUUCUCCAACUCAUGUCACCUACAGUAGCUCCAUCAGACGAACCAGCCCAAGAACUGUUUCCUUUCGGGUGAUCUCAAGAAAGCAGAAAGAAGAAAGCCAAAGCCCUCUCACAAGGAGUGCAAGUCUGAGGAUCCCAGGUAGCAGCACCACCAUUGGGGAGAAGCUGGAAAAGUACACCUCGGCUGUGCAGCGCUCGGAGGUGGUGAAAUCGUCUCUGACUAUUCAGAAAAGCCUCUUGCUGUCCUCGGAGGGGGUGGCCAGCAAGCGCAACUUCUUCGAGGCGAGCGCUCCCAGCAAGGCUGAGCCGCUUGCUGUCAGGAAGGACAACCUGAAGAUCCCGGGAUCAGUGACAUCCCGCAUUAAUCUGUGGAUCAGCCGAGCUCAGGAGCCUGCCAAAGAGGAAAAGAGCAAGGACAUCAGGAAAAUAAACAGCCUGCCAAACCGUGAUGUCUGGGUAAAGCAGCCUGGAGACAACCCUGGAGACACCAAGUUGUAAUAAUAUCAGUUGUAAUAAUAUCAGAUGAUCUGGGAAAAACUGUUUUGCUCUGAAGAUCAAAGCCUAGCCCUACCCAACCGUCCAGCAGUCCACUGCCUUGAGAGUCUCCCACACCACGUGUAGGUGCAUCCCGGGUGGCCGGGGUCUUCUGCUUGUGGGAUGGGAAUGAAGAAGGCUGGAAGAUUAUCCCUGCGCCCCCAGUCCUCACUCACUGCCUGCCUGGGAGCACCCAGGCCUGGAGACUCCUUGCAAGUGCUGAAGGCAGACUCUUGCCUUGUUUCCCCAAAAUAUUUUGGUGUUUUGCUUCUAAUCUCUGGCUGUGCCCCACAACCGCUUGCAAAGAGGAUCAACCUACACAUCUCCUUGGCAGCUGGAUCAUGUCAGUGGGGCAAGAAGCUGCCUGGCCAAGGGAGUUUCAGCUGCAUGUCCAUGGACCUUGUCCAUCCCUGCUGUCUGGCUUAUGUGGGGUGAGGUGGGGCAGGCAGAUGUCACCCCCCCUCCUAGGCUGUCACUGCUGGAGGGACCCAACCAAAGGCAAACGGUGUUUGCUAAGUCACACGGGUGCCAGCGUAGCUUGGAUAUGCUUUAUGGAAGGAGGGUGGACCUGAUGGCCCUGGUGCUUCCCUCCAGCACAGAGCUAAGCCAGAGCCAGAGCCUUGGCCUUUAUCCACCUUGCCCUUGCUCUCCCCUGCCCUCUACAAGCAGCGACCCCUUUCACUUAGUGAUACAGGAGGGGUGGGCUGGCCACAACCCUAUUUUUGGUGUUGCAUGGAGCUGAGCACCCUGUGCUGGGCCCCUUCUGCAAACCCCAUUUCCCUCUCACCCUUCUUCCUGAGCCCUUUGCCCAUGGCUGCGCAGCCCCCUGGUCCUGCACUCCCUGGGCUGCUGAGCCCACCCAGCAGGGAAGAGGAGUGCUCUCUUGAGGCCAGCUUUCAGGUGCCAUGGGCAGCCCAUAAAAUGAUGCUCAAAUCCUUGUGCCAGAGCCAUUCAAUGGGCUAGGGCUGUGCCGUGAGCAACUAUUGCGGUGUCCAAAUUUGGUGUGGGGCUCUACUGCCCCUGGAUCUGAUCUUGCUUGCUGGGCUUUGGAAAGGACUUUGUUUUCUCUGUGCCAUUUUUUUUUCUAAUAAAAGUUGCUCUUUCUAAGACA